AUGUCUGCUGUCAUCUCUUCCGCCAUCUUGGCGGCGCUCCUGACUUGCCCAGUAGUCGCCUCGCCACUGGACCUCAGCAUUCCUGGCGGUCUCAUCCCUGCCAUCCCCGGCGUCACUGAACCGUUGGCCGGUAUUGCCCCUCCCCUGCCUGUUCUCCAGGUUCCGACCCCCGCUCUCCCCAGCGAGCCCUUCACUGCCUCGAACCUCAAGCCGAAGAAGAUUGGAUACUUCUGGACUGGUGCUGGUGACAACAAGCACAAGGACUUCCUCGUCGCCACCAGUCUCGAUGAUGAUACCUUCGGUACCAUCAUUGAUAUCGCGGAUGUCCCCACCAGCGGCAACUCGCCCCACCAUCUCAGCCCAUCCCUCGAUGGCAAGACUCUUGCUGGCGGCGGCCUGUUGUCUCUCCUCAAGACUCAGGAUACGGCGUUCUACUUUGACGUCUCGAACCCGUACCGUCCCAAGUUCUUGAAGAGCAACAGGGGUAUUCUCAGCUCCAUCGUGGAUGAGAUCCGCGCCAAGCCCGACGGUGGUUUCUUCAUCACCUACAUGGGUAGUGCCGUCGGUACUUCUCCCGGCCGUCUCGUCGAGACUGAUGCCAACUUCAACAUCAUCCACGAGUGGCCCGAGGAUGUCGAGGGCACUCUCAACAUUCUCGGCGAGCAGUUCUCGCCCCACGGUCUCACCAUCGACUUCGAGAAGGAUCUUAUCCUGACCUCGGAUUUCGUUGUCCCGCUUAGCAUCCUCAAGCCUAGCUUGGGCACUAAGUAUGCUAAUACUCUUCGUCUCUGGAACCUCUCUACUCGCAAGAUUCUGUCUACCAUCACCAUCCCCAACGGUGGCGGUAUCCAAGAUGUCAAAUUCAUCCCCGGCAACCCCGAAAGCGCUGCGCUCGCUACUGCUGUUGAACCCGGUCAAGUCUGGAUCAUCUACCCCUUCCGAACUGGUCCCGAUGGCAAGCCCGGUGUCGCUGAGCUCCUCUACGACCUCGGCGAAAAGGCCAAGAACUCCAUCGCCAUCUACUCCGACAUCACCGACGACGGCAAGUACGCCUACUUCACGAUCACGCUUGGCAACCACGUCGCGGCGCUCGACAUCUCGGACCUCAACAACGUGAAGCGUCUCGAUAACCCUGAUGAGCAGCAGCCCAUCAUUGGACCCCACUACGUCAAGAUCUCCCCCGAUAAGAAGAACCUUCUCGUCACCGGCUACUUCGUCCAGGGUGGUUCCAUCUCCAUCUUCAACACUCCUGGCGACUACAAGGCGCACUGGAUCGAUAUCCUCGACGACGGCAGCCUCAGCUUCAACAGGACCAUCGACUUCGAGAGCAUCUUCACCCGCGACCGUGGUGGUGCUCGCCCUCACUCUUCCGUCAUCUUCGACUUGACUGAUCCCGAGAACCCCAAGUACUACUAA